AUGGUUAGGUCACGGCCACCAGGAUGGACAGAAGCUUCCGAAUACACAUUCCCAGUUGAUUGGUCUCCCAGCUGCCGGUCUCGCGACUUUGAGCUGGGACCAGAGGACUCCGUCUGGGAUGUCGGUGUAAUGCUCCAGAUGUUUUUGGUAUUGGCACUGGAAUCCACGCUUCCCUUCCAGCCCUACUGCCAUAACUGGAGGUUGCUCACGUGUGGUCUCCUCCAAAGUCAUUGUCACCAGUACAGUCACGAUGAACUAAUCCCGGAGGAAGAUAUCGAAUACUCAGCCAUUUCUAAAUUCCUGCAGGUGGCACCAGACACACAGGAUCAUAGGCAGAACAUCUAUCUUGAAACAGUCACUUUAGGCUGGGCCGAGCACUCCACUGGCCUGGAUGAGAGACUCUGCAUGGGCUCCAGGCCACUGUGGUAUAGGAGUAUGGCCUUAGCUGUGUGGGUUUUGCAAGAUAAGAAGAAGCUCUUCGUUGUUGGAGCGGGGGCCACGAACCCUUUGCCCUCGGCGCCUCGUUGGGCGCCUGUCCCCCCACCGCCCCGGCCCGGUUUCGCCCGCGGCCUGGGAGAAGGAGGCCCGGCCCGGGCGGGCGCUGGUGGCGCGCAACAGCUGCAGGUCGCAAAUGGCUCUCCCCGCCCCGGCCCAGCCCCCCGCGCUGGCUGGAGGCGGCGCCCCCUGGCCCGGCUGCGGGCCCGGGCCGCGGGGCGGAGAGGGGCGGGCGCAGGUAGCUGGGCCGCCGCCCGGGUGCGAGCGCGGGCGCGGGGCCGCCGUGGCGGGAUGGGGCGGCUCGGGGCCCGCCGCCUCGUCCUGCUCGCCGCCUGCCUGGGGCUCUGCGGGGCGCGCGGGGCGCUCGGAGCAUCUUUUUAUGGUGAAAGCUAUGUGGAGCUCAACAUCAUCGAAGUUUUGCCCGAGUUAUCUCUUCAAUUAAAAUUUCAAACCAGCAAACCACAGGGAUUACUUUUCCUUGCAGCUGGGAAAAAUGACUACUGUAUAAUAGAACUUCUAUCAGGAAACUUACGGGUGAGGGUGAAUUUGGGUGCAGGUGAACAAGUGCUCCUUUCUGAGCAAAGGCUUCGUGUGGAUGACUUGAAUUGGCAUUUAGUGGAACUGUACUAUGUUAAAAACACUAUCUCUCUGGUUAUCGACAAACACUAUGAGACAACUGGCCAAAUCACUGGUGGGACGCACAGUUUGCACUUUCAACAUGGAAUCUACAUAGCAGGCCAUGGUGAACUUGACCUCCCUUACCUGGAUGGAGAGCUUCCCGGUUUCCGUGGAUGUAUGGAGGGUGUGGUAUUUAACCAGAGGGAGAUCCUCGCAUCCCUCAGGUCUUACCCUGGUUUUAAGAAGGUGUAUGAGGUGUCACUAGGAUGCAAUGAUGAAUUUUUUGCAGGAGAGGAUGAGGCCAUCAAUUUCUUUAGCUCCAGAUCCUACGUCACCUUCCCAGAAUGGAGGGUGCGCAGGGAAGGGCUGUUGGAAUUUGCUUUGCAGACUGGAAGUCAACAAGCUUUGCUUUUGUUUCAGCCAGGUAGACAAGGAAAUUUUGUUGCUUUGGAAAUAGUUAAUGGUCUGUUGAAGGCUCAUGUAGGAAGGAGCAAAAGUAACACCCAGCUCUCUUCUUUAAGCGUAGUUAGUGACAACAAGUGGCAUGUUAUUCAACUCAGACUCACAGAACGGUAUCUGGACCUGAUGGUGGAUGAGCAAGGGGUAAGGGCGUUGCUACCCUUGCAAAGCAAACCAUUUGUAUCGGAAGGUCCUCUCUUCGUGGGAGGUCUUGAUAACCGUAAGGGAGAAGAAGUUAAGAAGUUAGAACUUGCCUCUGUGCCCAGGAAAUCUGCUCGAGGAAUCUCUUUCAAAGGGUGCUUAAGAGGCUUGGAAGCCAACUCAGAAAAGAGAGCAUUAAAGAAUGCCCUUGUGUCUAAAGAUGUAGCCUCCGGGUGUAAAUUGCAGAGUAGUGAUAAUGAAAACCCUUUCAUAACGACAGCAGAAAACCUGCUUCGUUCAGAAGUUCCCCUUUCCACUACCGUCCCCGAGGCACGCAAGCCUUUUCUUCACCAGGCAAGUAGCUAUUUCUUAAGUCUGAAUAACCUGGAGGUCCAAGAAGGUGGGCGAGCCUUACUGGAAAAAAGGCACAUGAACGUGGUUGUGGCAUCCGAAGAUGUGGGCAUCCAUCCUUCUGAAAUACUAUUUAAAAUAGAGGAAAUGCCCCUGCAUGGGUUCCUUCAAAUUGAUGUUUCGCCUGCACAGGGAAUGGAGGAGGCUUUCACUAUGUUAGAAUUGGGGCAAGGGAAAAUUUGGUAUGUCCAUGAUGGCUCAGAAGAACCUAGGGACUUUUUUACAUUUUCAGUCUCAUCCAAGAGCGGGAAGGAAAUGCCAUUGUAUCUGCAAGGACAUGUUCCAUAUGUGUUUAACAUUACUGUCCUUCCAGUAAAUGAUGCCCCGGUCCUUAAGCUCCCUGAAGGAAACUUGCUCCUCCUGUUUGAGAACUCUAAGAAACGACUGACUCCAAAUGUAAUACACGUGUCAGAUCCUGACACAGAUUCCUUGAGUCUUAGUUUCUCAGUUCUUGGCAACUUCAAUUCAGAUGCUGGGUUUUUAGAAAACACCAAUGGUCCUGGGAAAGCCAUUAAUGGUUUUACGCAUGGGGAUUUAAGAGAUGGCAACAUUUUCUAUGUGCACAGAGGUCAUCGGAACUCCCGGAUCCUUCUGAGAGCAAGCGAUGGAGAUCUGGUUAGCAAUACCGUAGUGUUACGGGUCAUGGCUGUUCCUUGGGACUUUGAAGUGGCUGUUAGAACCGGGGUAGUCGUCCAGCAGGGGGGCGUGGUUCUGAUUACACGGAGUAACUUAUCGGUGGAGGUUAAUGGUGAACCCCACGAGAUGGAGACCCGCUAUGCUAUCACUCAUCCACCCCAAUUUGGUCAGAUUCAGCAGCAGGGGUCAAGGGGUGAAUGGAAACAAGUUAGUACCUUUUCUCAACGUUCCAUUGAUCGGGGUCAGGUCCGGUACCAUAGCACAUUUCAAGAACUACAGCCAGAAAAUGUUACAGAUCACUUUAAAUUUAAAGUGAACAUAGAAGGGAAAGUCAGUGAAGAGCUGGUAUUUCCCAUUACCGUACACUGGCUAAAGUUUGUACUUCUGAAAAAUGUUCCUCUCGAGGUCAGUAAGCUGAGCAGACAAGUACUGAACUCUGACCACUUGCAGGCUGUGACAGAGGGUAUGAGUGUGACCCAGAAAGAACUACGUUUUAAGUUACUGACACCACCUAAGGAAGGAAAAUUGCUAGUUGGCAAUAAAGUUCUAAAAACAAACUCCGUUUUCAGCCAGCAAGACAUUGCAGACUCCAAGAUAAGUUAUGAGCCACGGGAGAGGCCUAGGGAAGACACAGAAGAUAUCUUUAGGUUCUUAAUUAUUGCAAAGCACAUAGAAUCCAAAAGUUAUACUUUCAGAAUAAACUUUGAAGCAGACAGGACCCGCAUUAUUGUAACUAACAGAGGGUUAUCUGUAAAAGAAGGAGAAGGGAAAUUAAUUACGAAAUCGGAAUUAUUCACUCAAACACUGGACAAUCAGACCUUCCAAUAUAUAAUCACCAAGAGUCCUCAACAUGGGAAGCUGAAACUGGUUAACUUUUCAGACCCUCCGGGAAGUCAUGACAAUAUCACCACGUUCACUGAUCAAGACAUAGUGGGGAAGCGGCUGAUGUAUGUCCACGAUGACUCUGAGACCCAACAUGAUGAAUUCCUCCUUGUGGCCUCCGCCACGGGACCAGGCCAAGAGGGAGUGGUCAGGCAUCUUGACGCAGAACAUUUAUCUACAGAAAUCAAGUUGCAUUUCUGUAGAGUUAAAAAAUGAUGAGAAACCAGUACGUGUGGUAGAUAAGGUCUUUUGUGUUGUAAGGAAUGGCCAGCGCCUACUGACCCUGGCAGAUCUCUGUUACCAUGACCCCGACUCAGAUUUUGAUGAUGGCCAGUUGCUCUACACCCGACGGGGC